GGAGAAGACCAGGCACGAGGGCGGGAAGCGCGAGCGCGCCCCCAGAGGAACCAGAGAGCCAAGAGAAACCAGGAACCAGAAGAGAAGAGCGGGCCCCACCCAGGAGGAAAGAGGGCAGAGGAGCCGCAGGAGACCGGACAGCGGGCGGGGGAGAGCCAGAGAAGAGGGAGGAGCAGAAACGGAAACAGGCGGGAGCGACAAAGAGAGGGAGGAAAGCGGGAGCACCGCAAAAAACAGGCCGCCGAGGAGGGCGGGAAGACGAAGAAGAGAAACGCGGGGAGAGCCAGGGCGGGACAGGCAAGGGACGCGACGGAGAGAGGAAGACAGAGAGGGAACAGAGGAAAAGAAGAAAGGGAAAGAGGGCGGGGAAAGGGGGCGGGGGAAAGGGCCCGAAAAGCGAAGCAGAGGGGCGGCGCGCCAGCGGAACAAGAGGGCCGGGAGGCGCAGGACGAAACGGGGGAAGGGAGGAAAGAGAACCAAGGGAGAGCGGGGGAGCCGAGGAGGAAGCGAGCAGCAGAAGAAGAAGGAGGCCAAAAAGGAGGAGACAGGCGGGGAAAAGCAAACGGCCAGCGAAGAGAAGCAAAGGAAAGGCGGGCAGAAAAAGGCGCGGAGAAGCGAGAAGGAAGGGGCAGGCGGGACAGGCCAGAGCAGGAAGGAGGAACGGCAGCCAAGGGCCAAAAAAAAGCCCAAGGGGGGCGAACGGGCCAGGGGGGAAGGGAAGAGGGACGGAAGCGCCAGGAAGAGGAGCAACCCCGAGGCCAGGGAGGGACAGGAGGGCCGCGGGAAGGGAAGAAAGGCCCCGAGAGGGCGGAGGGAGCCAGGAGGGAGGGGCAGCGGGCGGGGCCGGGCGGGGGGCAAGAGAGCGAGCGAGCAAGGCGAGGCGGGCGGGGGCGCGGGAGGCGGGGCCGGGCGAGAGGGAGAGAGCCGGGGAGGGAGGAACGAAAAGGGCAAAAGCGCGAGGGGCCGCGGCCAGGCGAGGAGGCGCGGCCGGGGGGCGGAGGGCAGCGCCACGCCCGGGGGCAGCAGCCACGAAGGCGGAACGGAAGGGGAAAGCCAGAGGGCGACCCGGACGGGGCGGGAGGCCGCGAAGAACCAACGAAGGGCAAGGGCGGGGCCGGGGGGAGCCGAGGGCAAGGGGAACGGGAGGAGGCGAGCCGCCGACACGGCGGGCGGGGACGGGGAGAGCGGGAGGGACGCCACGGAGGGCGGGACGGAAAACAGAGAGGGAGGGGGGGCGGGCGGGGGGAAGCGGGGCACGGCGCGAGAGAGAAGGGGAGAAGCCAAGGAGGGGGGCCGGGGGCAGAAGACGGGGAACCAACAGGGGAACGAAGCGAGGGCGAGAAAGGGAGCGGAGGGGCGGGGGGCGGCGGCAGCACCGCGACGGGACAGGAGCGGGAAGGGGGCAAGAAGCAGGGGCGGGGGAGAAGGGCGAAAAGCACGGAGGGGGCGGGGGACCCCAGAGGGAGGGGGGAGCGCGAAAGAGAGGAAAGAGCGCCCGCCAAGCCGGACAGACGACGGGCAGCGAAGACGGCGGGCCGCAAAAGGCGAGAGGGAGCGAGGAGAGCGAGGAGGGAAGGCGGGGACGCACGGGAAAGGGAGGAGCCCGGGCCGGCGAGGAGGGGAAAGCCGGGAGGGCCAGAGCCAGACGAGGGAGGCCGGAGGGGGCCGAAAGAGGGGAAAAAGAAGGGCGGCGAAGCAGGGCGAGGGGACGCGGACCGGGGCGAAAAAAGGCGAGGGAGGGCGAAGGGGGGGACACGGACAAAGGCAGGGAAAACCGCGGAAAGGAGGGCAAGAGGGAACCGGGGACAGAGAAGAGGGCGGAAGCGAAGCGCGGGAGAAAGAAGAGGGGGGCGCAGGGGAGCCGGCGCCAGGCCCGGACGAAACGGGCGGGAGGGGGAGCCAGACACGGCACAGGGGGCGAGCGAGGCACAGGGCAGCAGCAAAGGAGACAAGGCGGGGAGAAGAAGCGACAACGCACGAGAACGCCCGGGGGGACGAGCCGGGACGCCGACAGCAGCGAGGGGGCCGCGAACAAGGGGAGAGCGCACACCGGGGAAAGCCGGAACCCGGCCCCCGCGGACGAAGACGACAGAAGGGGCGGGGAAAGGAGGGCCAAGACCGGGAGAGAAGCAGGGAGGGCAAAGCCAGAGGGAAGCGGACGCGGGCAACGGGACGGAAGGCAGAGGGGGGGGGGGGGGGGAGAGGGGAAAAGGGGACAGAGAAGCCACCCGGACGGCCACGCGACAGAACCGGACGGGAGAGGGGCACCGCAGACGGCGCCGCGGGCAAGGCGGGCGAAGGCAGGGGAGCCCGGGCCGCGGGCGAGAAGCCCCGCCCGGCGGCCACGCCGGCCCGAAGAGGAGAGGAACGAGGACCAAGGGAGGCACCGGGCAGGGGCCAAGGGAACACGGGCCAGGGGGAGGAGGCGCAAAGGAGAAGAGGAGGCGCGGGAACAAACAGAGACGGAGCCAAGCACGAGCGGAGAAGAAGAACAAGAGAGCGGGCCCCGCAGGCGGCGAGAAGCAGAAAGAGCCGGGGCAAAGGGGAAGGGGGGAGGGGAAGCGAGGGGCGGCGACGGGAGGGGAGGGAACAGGGGAGGGAAAGGGAAGAGGGGCCGCGCGGGGGGGAGAGCAGGCCGGAAGGCCCAGAGGGGGAGCCGGGAGAAGGGGACCCAGGGCGCAGGGAACAAGGGGGACGAAAGAAAGCAGAGGGAGGGGCGAGCAAAGGACGAGGGGAAAGCGGCGGGGGGGCCGCGGCGGCGAGCCCGAGCCCAGAGGGACAGGGGGGAAGCAAGAGAGAAGCGGGGCGGCGGGAGGAAGCCCGAGGAGGCCAGGCCAAGGCGGGCACGAGACCGCCCAAGGAAAAGCGCGAAGGGGAGCCCAAAGGGACGGGGGAGGGGAGCGGAGCCAGGCGGGGAGGCACGCGGCGAAGAGGAAGCCGGGGGCGGAAAGAGCCGGGCGGGCGGACGGGGGGGGGCGCCGAGAGCCGGGCGAGGACCGAGGGGGAAGGGAGAGCGAGCGAAGCCGAGGAGCGGCCCGCGGGAGCAACGGAACCGGGGAAAGGAGACAGAAAAGACAGCGGGGCGAGGCGGCGAGGCGAGGAGGAGGAGAGGCGAGGAGAGGAGGAGGAGGGGGGGAGCCCGGCGGAGGGAGGCCCGGCGGCCGGGAGGAACGGGGGGCACCCGGCCGACAGGGGGGCGCGGGGGACCGAGGAGAAAGGAGGCGCGGCGGGAAGAGGGGGGGCCAGGAGAGAAGCAAGGAGGCAACCGCGGGCAAAGAGACAACAGGGAGGCGGGCAAGGCAAGGAGGGGGACGCGCAGGGCGAGCGAAGGAAGCAGCCGGGCCACGGAGGGAAAGCGGGGCCGGCGAGGCAAGAGGAGAGCAAGGGACAAAGGCGGGCGCGGGAGGACAGGAGGGCGAGGACGAGGAAAGGCAGAAAGAGGCAGAAAGGAAGGAGGGAAGGGGGAGACCAGGAGCCGGGGGAGGGACGAAGCGGGAGGGGGCCGAAGAAAAGGAAGGGGCCAGGGGGCGGGGCGCAAAGGGCGGGGAAACACAGAAGAACGCGGGAAGGGAAAGGGAAACGAGAGGGAACGCCAGGGCCGGCGGAAGCGGCAGGCAAGCCGAGGGCCGAGAGGGCAGGGGACAAGGAAGCCGAGGGGGACCAGGAGGGCAGAGCCGGAAGAGGGCGAAAAGAAGGACCGGCGCCAAGGGGGCAAGAAGAGGGCGGGGAGGGGCGCGACCCGGGACGGACGGAGGAGGAGGCAGGGCGAGGGCGCGAGGCGGGCAGGGAAGGGAGAGAACGCAGCGGGAGAGGGGCACCGGGACGGGGGGAAGGCAGCAGGGCGAGCCGGAGGAGCCCGAAACCCAGGGGGAGGGGGCGAGGGGGCCGGGGCCCCGCAAGGAGAAGGGAGAGAGGCGCGGGGGAGGGACGGGAGGGGGCAGGGAGGGCGAGAGGGCGGGAGCGAACGCCGGGCGAAGAGGAAGCGCAGGGAGACAAGGGAGGCCGGGGAAGGAAAGAAAAGGCCGAAGCCGCGGGGCGACGAACAAGGAAGCGAGAAGGAAUGGCAACGAGGAAGCGCAGGGAGAGGGGGAGCCGGGCGCAGGAGGAACGCGGGCGGCAGGCGGAACACAGGCAAGGCGGACGGGAAGGGGGGGGCCAGGGGCGGACGGGGAGGAACGCGGAAGAACCGGCCGGGGGAGGGGAACAACAGCGGGAAACGGCGGCGAAGACCCCGGAGGCGGAGGAGCAAAAGGAGGAAGCCGCCCGAGGAGGCGCGCGCGGCGGAGGAGCGAGGGGGGGAGGGGAAGAGCGGACCAAGACGAGGAGCAGGAGCGGGGCCGAGAGGAGGAGCAGCCACACGGGGACGGAGACACGGCCCAGACGCCGACGGGAGGCAGCAGGGGGGAAGGGGCCGCAAGGGGCGAAAGCCGGACGGAGCAAGGCGCGGGGAGGGAGAAGGCCCACGGGGCGGGAACGGCGGGGCCCGGAGAAGAAGCAAGGACGGGAGCGGGGAAGAAGCAGCGGCGAACGCGGGGCCAGCAGCCGCGGGAAGACAGAGGAGGCAAGCGGGAGCCGGAAGGAGGGGGCGGAAAGCGGCGGGAGGGGGCGGGGGAAGGCCGCCGGCAAAGCCCAGGGCGCAACCCGGGACAGGCGGGGGAAACGACCAAGCGGGAGGACGGGAGGGGCAGAGGGAAGGGCCGGGGGAGAGGGAGGAGGGGCAGGGGGGCAGAGCGAGGAGGAGCGGACAGGGACGGGAGGGGGAGGAAGGAAAAGCCAGGGACCGACCCCAGCAGCGCCACCCCGGAGGAACGACGAGAGCACCCCAAGGACGCCGGCGGCAGCCAGGGGCACGGACCGACCAGAGAACCCGGGGCAAGAAGGGGAACACAGGAGCGGGCCGCGGGGGGAGGAAGGGGCGGAGAAGGGCAAGCACGCAGGCGGAAAACCAGCGGGCGGAAGACCGACCAAAGAGGCGGGCGGAAGGGGGGGGGAAAGCGCGCCGGGCCGGGGGCGCCGGGAGCGGGAGCCGCCGGAACCACAAGAAGCCGGAGGGAGAAGGGGAGGCCAACGCAGCACAGCACCGGGGGAAGGAGAGGGGAGAAGAGGGGCGCGGGGGAGCAGCCACAGGACGAGGAAAGGGGGAAGCGGGGGCGGGGGGGAGGGAGGGGCGAGCGGGGCCGCGAGGGGAAAAGCAGGCGGGGGGCCCGAGAGCGGGGGGGACCCGGCGGCGGAGGGCAGCGGGGCGAGGCCGCGGAGCGCCAACGCGGGAACGGAGCCGAGACAAAGCGAGAGGAGAGCACCCAAGGGGGCCGAGGCGGCGGGGCGAGCGAGGAGCGAGCAGGCAGGGACGGGGAGAAGAGCCAGCCAGGGAGCAGCACCGGAGGAGGGCAGAGCCGGAAAAGAAAAGGGAAGGGCGAGGGGCAAACGAGGAAAGGCGGACGGGAGACCGAGGCACCCAGAGACGAGGAAGGCGGAGGAAGCGACGAAAGCGGCGGGGAGGGGAAAAGAAGCAGAGAGCCGGAGAGGCCCGAAGAGGGCAACCGGGCGAACGGCGGCGGAAGCCAGGGGCAGGCAAGAGACAACCGGGCCGAACGGAAACAGCGGAGGAGCCAGAGGAAAAGAAAGCAAAAGCGAGGCCCGGAGGAGCGGCGAGCGAAAGGGGAGCAGCCGAAACCGGGAAAACGGGGGGGGGAGAGCAAGACAAGGGGCGGGCGGCGAGGCGAAGCAGCCGAAGGCGGCACCCGAGAGGGCGAAAGGCCAGGAGCCGAAAGCAGCACGAGCGGACGCGCGGACCCGAGGAGCAGGGGCACGGGGAAGCCCGGGGGAAGCAGCAAGGACCACCGGGCAAGGCGAAAGACGCCGGGGGACCGAGAGCGAAGGAGGACCGGGAGGGAAGGCGGGAAAAGAACCCCAGCGGGGAGGGAAAGAGAACAGGAAACCGGAAGCGCCCAAGCAGGGGGAGGAGCCCAGGGCGCGGACCGCGGGCCGGGGGAAGAAGGAGCCGGCGACGCAGAGGCAGGGGCGGGGGAAGGGAACCCACCGGAGCCGGAGCGAAAGCGAGGCGGCAGAGGGCAAGGGGCACGGCGGAGGGACCCGAACCGGGGGGAGCGAGCCAGGACCAGGAGGAAGCGGGGGGAAACGAAGGGGAGGGCCGAACGACGGAGGGGGAAGAAGCAGCGGAGGGGGGGGGGGGGGAAAGGCCACGCGAACCCAGAGCGAGCGGGGGCGCCCCGAAAGGCGGGGAGCGCAGCAGGGGACGGGACAGCGAGGGGAAAGCACGGGGCGGGGCGGGCGCGAGAGCGGGACCAAAGCGAGGCAAACGCGGAAGACGAGAGAGGACCGCAAAAGAACAGGGGCAAGGGCGGCCAGGGAGACGAGGGGGAGAAGCGGCAGCGGCGAGAGGGAAACAGCCCGGAGCACCAGCGAAGGCCCCGAAAGGACGCGCAGGGAGAAAGGAGGAGGGGCAGAGACAGCCAGGAGGGGCGAGAAGCAGCCACCCGGGAAAGAGGGCGGAAGAGCGCACGGAGCGAGCGCGCGGGCCGCCGAAGAAGGAACGGGCGGCGAAGCGAGCGGCCGAAGCGGGGGGAGGGAAAAAGACAGCGGGAGGGGAGCGGGCCGCCGGAGAGAGAAGCCGCCGCGCGAGCAGGGCAGGGGACGAAGCGGAAGCGAGAAGGGCGGCGGGAGGAACGCAAACAGGGGGAGAAGCCAAGGCCCCGAAAACCGAAGGGGCCGCCGCAAGGGCGGCCACGGAGGGGGAGGCAGGGCCGAAGAGCAGGCCGAAAGGCGGAGGCGAGGGACAACAGGGGAAGAGGCCGGGACGACCGGGGGCGGGCCCGAGGACGGAGGAGGCGAGGGGAGCCGAAAGAGGGGAGCGGGGCAAGAACGGAAGGGGCCCCGGCGGGGGCAGGGAAGAAGGGGGAGAGAAAAGGCCGCGAGCCAAGGGGCGAGGACCAGGCGCGACGGCGCGGAAGGAACCCACGCCAGACGCCCAGGAAAAGCGCGAAGGACGGGAAACAAAAAGGGACCGGGACCCGAAACCGACACAGGGGAGGGAGAGAAGACCGAGGGGCGCGAGACAACGCGCGCGAAGGAACGCGGCAAAAGAGCCCCGGAACGGCGGGAGAAGGGGGCCGCCGCACAAAGGGGGGCGCAGGGACCAGGCCCGGGCGACGGGGGACCAAAAACACAGGGCGCCGCAAAGGCGGAAGACCAGGGAGGGGGGCGGACGCCGGCCCAGGGCCGGAAGGGCAAGGAAGGGGGGACCGGAGAACAGGGGAGCCGGCGACCGAAGCCCCGGGAACGGCGGCCGGAACGAGAACGGGCCGAAGGGAGCGAAAGGCCGGGCGGGGAAGGGCCGACCCGCACGAAAGGCGGAACGAGCGGGGCACGGGCGCGGAGAGAGGCGCGGGAAAGAGACAGGGCGGGGAAGAGGCGGACGACCGGCACCGGGACAGAAAGACCCGAGGAAGCGGCACGGGGCCCGGGGAGGGGCGGGGGGGCCGGCGCAGCGGAGGGGGAAGGCGAAGAAGGCCGCCGGCCGGGGGGCCGAGCCAGCAGGGAGAGACCACGCGGGAAGAGCGAGAAGGCGAACCGGGGGGCAGGACCGACGGGCCAAGGGACAGGCGCAGGGAGACAGGGGGAGGGGGCGGAGGCCGCCCAAAAGGGAACGGAGGCGGGCAAAGGGGGCCGCGGGCCGGACGGAGAGGGGCCCGCGAGGGCAAAGGCAGAAGGGAGCGGGACGGCAAGACCCACCCGGCGAGCAGGGACGAAAGGCGGCCGGAGGGAGCCGACGGGGCCGAGGGGAAGGGCCGGCGCGCAACGGAGAAAAGGGACGCGAGGGAGAACAGGCGGAGCGGCCCCAAGAGCGCACAGCGACGGGAAGGGGGCACCGCGAGGGCGGCGCGGCGCCACCGGGGGCGGGAGGAGGGGCCAAGGGGGGCGGGGCGCCCAGGAAAGCGGGACGGGAGCGGGGGCAGAACGGCGGGAGACAGGGCGGCCAGAGCCGGGGGGCGGGAGAGCAGGGAGAGGACCGGGCCCGAGGACGAGAGGACCGGGAAGGACGCACCGCGGGGGACCAGGGAGCGGGCCCACGGGAAACGCGGGGGAGCCAAGGGCGGAGCGGAGAACGGCGGAAAGCAGCGAAGGAGGAAGCCCACCCCAAGAGGAGGGCGCGCCGAGGCCGACGGCCCCAGAGCCGCCGGGAGCACAGCCGAGACAGCGACGGGGCGCGGCCCCGGCGGGGAGGGAGCGACAGAAGGGGGAGAAGGCAAGAGAAGGGCACGGCGAGACGAGCCGGGGAGCAGGACGAGAGGGGCAAGGGGAAGGGCAGGGAGGGAGGCAGCGGAGGCAGCCGAACAGACCGGGAGACGGGAACCGGGGGCCGACAGGACCGGAGCAAGGCGAGCAGGCACGCGCCAGCGAGGGGCAGGGGGCAAAGCGGGGACAACAGGAAAAAACAGGGGGCAACGCGGGGACAACAGGAAAAAACCAAAAGCGCCGCCCGCCCGCGCGAGCGAAGGGAGGGAAGGGCAGAGGCCGGGGGGGCCCCCCAGGCAAGAAGGGGGACCGCAGAAGCACGAGCCAAGAGACGGGGCGCGCAGGCCGGGCGGCGGGCAGGAGGCGAGAGGCGGGGGCCGAGGCGGAGAGGAACCACACCAAGCCAGCCCGAACGGGGGGGGAAACGCGACGGCGGGGACGAGACGGGAGGGGAGGGCCGGCGGAAAAAGAGCGCGACGCCAGGAGGAGAAAAAGCGGAAGACCGCGCAGGCGGAGGACGGGGCAAGAGAGGAAAACGAAAACGGAGGACGGGGCAAGAGAGGAAACGAAAACGGAGGACGGGGGCAAGAGAGGAAAACGAAAAAAGGAAAAAGAAAAAGGGCGGCGGAGGCAAAACCCCAAGGAGGACAGCCCGGCGCGCCCACGGCACACCGCGGAACGCACCGGGCGAGAGAGAGAAACGCGCGGGCACAGCGGCGGAACCCGAAAGGGCGGGGGAGAGGAGGCCCGGGGGAGGGGACGGGAACAGAGCCAGGGGAGACGAGGGGGGGCCGGGAGCGCAGAGGAGGAGAGCACGGGGCGACGAACCACGGGGCGGGGCGAAGCCCGCCGCGCCCACAACCGGCCCAAGGGGGAAGGACCCGGCCCGCGGGGGGGAGAAGGGGGGGAGAGCGGACCAAAAGCGAGGGAACGGGGGGCGGGCGGGGGCGAAAGGGAAGGGGGGCGGGGGAGGGGGGAACGGGGGGAGCAGGACACAGAGGAGGCCCCGGCCCCAGCAACCGAGGGGGGGGACGCGCCGGAAAGCGGCCGCAGCCAGGCGGGGCGGGGGCAGAAGAGCAGAGCAAGGACAAGGAGGAGGAGCAGAACAAAAAAGCCGGCGGAGAGCGCGCGGCAAGGGGGACCGCGCGGAGAAGCGAGGACGGCAGCAAAGAGGCAGGGCGAGGACGAGGACAGCGGAGAAGGCGGAAGGGCGAGGGGGAAAGAGCCCAGGGCGAGGGAACAAAGGAGGAGCCCGGACCGACACCGAGGGAGGAAGGGGAGGGCAAAGCGCGCAGAAGGGAGACGAGGAGAGAGAAGGCAAAGACAAGGAACGGGGACCGACGCGGAACGGACAAAGCGAGCCCCGGGAGGCGGAAGGAAAGAAGGCAGAAGAAAGCAAAGCGCCCCAAGGAGGAGGCGAACCGACGACCAAGCGGGAACAGCCGACCGCGCGACCACGGAGCGACGGAGGAACAAGGGGAGAGGAGAGCGCAGAGAGGGCAAGGCCGGGGCGCAACCAGGACCAAGAGGAGCGAGAAGCGGCCGGCGGAACCCCCGGAACGGCGGCGGAGGGGCGCCCGGCCAGGCCGCAGGGCAGAGGGAAACGCAAAGGGGCGCGAGGGCAGGAGAGGCCAGCCAGACCCCAAGGCCAGGCAGGGAAGAGCCCGGGGGGGCAGGACAGAACAGAGGGCGGGGCGAGGCGAGAGGCGGGGCGAGAGAGGGAAAGGGAAAAAAGCAGCAGAAGAAGCCAGAAAGGGCAAGAGAAAAGAAAGAAGGGAGGGGGGAGGAGGGGGCAAGCGGGGCGACGAGGGAAGCGAGGAGCCGGAGGCAGGAAGAGAAGCAAGGCGGGCGGGGGGGCGGACGCGAGGAGGGAGGGCGGACCACAGGCGCCAGAGGGCCCGCGGAGCGCGGCCGGCGCCGAGCGCGGGGAGGAAGAAGGAACCGAGAAGAAGGGAGCAGCAACAACGGGGGGAGGACGGGACAGCGCAGGAGGGGCAGAGCGAGCGAGGAGGCGCCGCGGCAGCGAGCAGGGGGGAGACCGCAGACAAGAACGGGCCGAGCGCGACCAGAGCGGGGGGGCAGGGCGGCGGGAACAAGCACAAACACGGGGGAGGAGGGAGCGACGACCCGAAAGGGAAGGCGCAAGCGCAGCAGGCAAGGGGAGGCCGGAAGAAGCGCAGGGGGCAAGGAGGCAACGAGGGCAGGGACCAAGGGCAAGGGGAGCCAGAGGAGGCAACAGGGAGAGAGGGCGAGGCAACAACAAGAGGGGAGGGGAACAAGGAGGGGGGGGGGGGAAGGGGGCACAGGGAGGCAGGAAAGGGCGGGAGGGGGAGGAGGCGGGAGACGGCAAAAGCAGGCGAGGAGAGCGAAGAAGGACAGGCGAGCGAAGAAGGACCGGGGGCAGAAGGGAGAAGGGGAGGGCGCGGAGCGGGAGGAGGCGCGGAGGGAGGACCGGGGCGACGAGGGAGGCAGAAGACCGGCCCCCAGGCGGACGAAGAAACGGAAAGAAACCGCAAAAACGGAAGAAGGGGGGGAAGGGAGGAAGAAGGGGAGGGAGAAAGAGAAACAACGGCCGAAAGGAAGGGGACGAAACAGGAACAAGAGGGAGCCACCGAAGAAGAGCCGGCGGCGGCCCGGGGGCGGAAGAAAAAGAGGAGGCGAACAAAAGCGAGGAAACGGAAGAAAGCCGAGGGAAGGGAAAGGAAAAAACAAAGGAGGAAGGCCACGGGCACGGGACAGAGACAGGCGAGAACAAGAGCCCAGGGAGGAGGAGGAGGAGGCGGAGCGGAAGAGGAAGGGGAAAGAGAAGAAAAGAGAAGAAGAGAGACGCCCGCCACCGAGAGAGGGAAGAGCGGCGCCGAGAAAGAAAGGAAGAACACCAACACCAGGCGGAAGGCCAGCAACGAGCCGGCGAGCAAAAAAAGGAGGGAAGGGAGCCAAGCCGCGGAGGCGCCAGGGAAGGAGCGGGAGAAAAAGAAGCGAGGGAAGCACGAGGAGACGACCAAGGAGAGACGCCAGGGAGAAGGGGGGCCCAAAGAAGGCGGAGGACCGCGGGGAAGAAGGGAAGGAAGGAAAGCAAAAGGGGGAAAGAGGAGGAGGGGGGGGAGAGAAAAAGGAGGCGAGAAAGAGGCCGAAAGAAGCGAGACGGACAGAAGAGACGGGAGCGGGCCAAAAGGCGGACCAAGCCAGCGAAGGACGCAACGGGGGGGGCAAAAGAGGGAGAGAGGAGGGAACCAGGGGGAGAAGAGAGCGAAAGCGACGCCGGCGGGAGGGAAAGGAAGGCCGAGAGAGCCAACGAACAAAGGAAAGAGACCCAAGAGAAGGAAAGGGAAGAACAGAGGAGGGCGGGGGCAGAAGGAGAGGAAGAAAACGGGGGAGGCGCAAAAGGAGGAAGAGGAAGAAAGGGACGGGGCACAGGGCGAACAGGGCAGCAAGGGAGAGGGCGGGGGCAAAAAGAAGAACGGGAAGAAGGGCAGCGGGGGACCAAAAACAAGCCAAGGGGGGAAGACCACAAAGAGAAAGGGGACCGAAGAAAAAAGGAGGGGGGAAGGGGGAGAGCGGGGGAAACCGCCCAGAAGAACCAGAGGGGACGGGGAGAAGGAGAAGAGCCAACAAGGGGGGCCAGGAAGGAAGAACGGAGCCAGAGCGAAAAAGAAGAAGGCGGGGGAAGAGGCAGGAGGAAGCAAAGGAAAGAAAGCACGGCGAGAAGAGCCCAGACCGAGAGCGAGCAGCAGAGAACCCAAGGGAGACAGGGGGAAAAAGCGAAGCCGCGGGGAAGGGCGGGGGAGCAAGAGCGAAAGGAGCGCCGAAGAAGACGGGGAGGAGGCCGAGCAACGAAAGAAAAGGCAGGAGGGAAGGGAGAACGAGGAAAAGAGGAAGAAGCCGAGCGACAAAAAAAAGGCCCGCGGCGACCAGAGGAGCAGCGGGGAGAAGAGCAGAAAGAGGAGGGGCCCGGCCAGGGCAGCAGGGAACACACAGGAAGGGGAAAGGGGGCGAGGGAGCAACGGCACCGGCAAAGACGAGACCAGCACACAAAGGAACAAACAAAGAAGGGACGGGGAGCAGAAGCAAGGGAGGGAAGAGGGCGAAGAAAGCACGAAAGGCAAAACGACCCGGGAGCCAGGAAAAACCGAAAAGGCCGAAGAAGAAGCCAAAAGCCCCGAGACGAGGAGGCACAAAAGCGGGGGGCAAGCAGGGGCAGCAAGAGGGCGGGGAAACCAAAACCCGAGGAAGAAAGAAGAACACAGGCCAACCAAGGCCCAAAAAAGAGAAAGGGGGAGCAAAGGCGAACGAGGAACGAAGCCGAACAGGGAAGGACGGAAAAACCCAGAGAAGCAAAAAAGCGCAAAGAGGCGGGAGCAGGAGCCAGAGAAGGAGCACGAGAGAGAAGAACCAGAAGGCCAACGGGAGGAGGAAGAGGGACAGAAGAGAAGGAAGCGAGCGAGCAAAGAGCCGAAGGCGAAAGAAAAGCAGGAGAAGGAGCCAAGACCAGACAGAGGGAGAGAGCGAAGGGCGAGGGAGGGGCGGAAGAGACAGAGGGAGGGAAAAAAGCAGGACGAGAGGGAACAAGAAAACACGCGGAAAAGACCACAGACGACGAAGAGGGGGGGGGCCGGCGGAAAAAGAAGAAGGCCGACCCCGAGGAAGAGAGGAAGGGAAGGGGAAGGAAAGGGAGGAGCCACCCGGAGGAGAGGGCGGGGGCAGAAAAACAGGGGGAAGGCGGAAGGGAGGAAGGAAGGGGGGCCGAGGCACCGGAGCGGACCGCGGGGAAAGGGAGCAAGAAAAGGCAAGAGAGGGACGGGAAGGGAAACGAACGGAAAGAGAAGGGAGAAGCGGGGGGGGGACGGGACGGAGGCGGCGGAAGGGGGCGAAAGCCGGAAAGAGGAUGAAUUGCUUAAGGAUGACAUCUUCCAGAAAUAUGAUCAAGAGGUGGAUGUUGAGAGAAAAGAUAGGGCACCCGCAAUCCCAAAAUUUCAAUUCCUGAAUGUCUUGAUGAAAGCCAUGAAUGAAUGGUAUGCACUAAGGGAUGAAAUGACAAAUGAAAUGUGA